UAAAUUUUUAAGUUCUUACUAGUCGAGAAUUUACUGAUCACCAUAUAUAUACGGAAAUAGAAGAACAACAGAGUGGUAGGGAGUAUACUGAGCUCAGUUGAGGUGCGCGAAAAGGAUUCGAUCAUCUGUGAAACAAAGUGUAUGUGCAACACUGUUUUGUUACAUUAAUCAUGUUUACCUGAUGAAUAUUGAAAAUGAACACGAGAGAAAAAGAGAAAUACAUCGAAGAAUUCGAUUUUCCUCAUUGCGACGAAUCUUCGAAGUAUGAAAAGGUCGCGAAAAUUGGUCAGGGCACCUUUGGAGAGGUGUUCAAGGCUAGAGAUAAAAAUUGUACUAAAAAGUUCGUAGCUAUGAAAAAAGUAUUGAUGGACAAUGAAAAGGAAGGGUUUCCUAUAACUGCUUUAAGAGAAAUAAGGAUAUUACAAUUAUUGAAACAUGAAAAUGUAGUAAAUUUAAUUGAAAUAUGUAGAACGAGAGCAACUCAAUAUAAUCGUUACCGUUCUACAUUUUAUCUUGUAUUUGACUUUUGUGAACAUGAUCUAGCUGGUCUGUUAUCAAAUGUAAAUGUUAAAUUUAAUUUAGGAGAAAUUAAAAAAGUAAUGCAACAAUUAUUAAAUGGUCUCUAUUAUAUUCAUAGUAAUAAGAUUUUACAUAGAGAUAUGAAGGCUGCAAAUGUUUUAAUAACAAAAAAUGGUAUACUAAAAUUAGCUGACUUUGGGUUAGCUCGUGCAUUUAGUGCAAAUAAAAAUGGUCAACCAAAUCGUUAUACAAAUAGGGUGGUUACUCUGUGGUACAGACCACCAGAACUGUUACUUGGUGACAGAAACUAUGGACCUCCUGUAGAUUUAUGGGGUGCUGGUUGUAUUAUGGCUGAAAUGUGGACCAGGUCACCUAUAAUGCAAGGAAACACAGAACAACAGCAACUUAUAUUAAUUUCUCAAUUGUGUGGUUCUAUAACAACAGAAGUAUGGCCCGGAGUAGAAAAUUUGGAAUUAUUUAACAAAAUGGAUUUACCUAAGGGCCAGAAAAGAAAAGUUAAAGACAGAUUAAAGCCAUAUCUAAGAGAUCCUUAUGCAUGUGAUUUGUUAGACAAACUUUUAAUUCUUGAUCCCUCUAAAAGAUACGAUUCAGAUUCGGCAUUGAAUCACGAUUUUUUCUGGACUGAUCCAAUGCCGUGUGAUCUUAGCAAAAUGUUAGCACAGCAUACACAAAGUAUGUUUGAGUACUUAGCCCCACCAAGACGUCCUGGUCAUAUACGUCAUCCUCAUCAUCAAGUAUCUGGAGGGCCAGCAAAACCUAGUUCUAGCAUGGCUGAUAGUGGUUACCAAGAUCGUGUAUUUUAAUAUUUUUCGUUCCGACAAAUAUAUACUGCCCUCUAUCGUUUAUUUUCGUUGUCUGUAUAAAUUUUGAUAAAUCGUAUAACGUUUGAUUUUAAUGUCAUUGAUGUAUAUACAAUUUUACGUUAAAGUCAAAUAUCUGAUUCACAUAAAUUUCAGAAACAAACUGUAAGAUUUUUUUUAUACAUAUAUACAUAUAAAUAUAUAUAUAUUAUUUAUAUAUAUAAAUUUUGUACAAACAGAAACAGUCUCCUGAUUUAAGCCUUCUAUUUCCAAAUUUACUUAGUUUCUAGUUAAUUAUUUGUGUAUCGUGUUUUACACAGUUUUUGUUUUUACGAAACGACACUUGAAUAUUGUUAAUUUAACUUUAUUAUUUUUACACUGGUACAACACUUUUGAUUAUUACGGAACAGUGAACUAAUAAUAAUUACGCAUGGAUGAUAUUUUUCGAACUAUUAUACAUCACGAUAUUUUAAAUAAAAGUAAUCGUUAAUUGUUGCUUCGGAAAGUAAUUUUCCAAGCGCAUUAUGUCAAAACAAAAUUUAUUCAAUAAACAAAUUUCAACUUUACAAUUAUUCUCGAACCAAUAGUGUUAUACAAUUAAUAACUAUAAAAGAAAUCUUAAACACAUACAAGUCUAAAUUCACUAAAAAUCUAAAUUUAAUAACUGUAGUACUCAUGCAACCAAAGUGAAAUAAUUAGUAAAUUCGAUAACUCGUUUAGCAAUCGUACAUCCAAUUUCACGUCUGCAUUAUCAUAUUGUCAUGAGAAAGCAGUGUCGUGCGUAGCACCUAAAUAAAAAAUUCAAUAUGUACAUGAUUGUGUAUGCCCGUAAUACUUUGUUACUUUUUAUUCUUACGACUACGAUAAAAUAAACUAUCGUACUAAUCGAUAUCUGUAAGGCACAGAUAAAUAUGAUUUAUAUUAAAAAUAAAUGACGCGACAGUGGUAUUUAUCACCGGCUAUAAAAAUAUGAAUAAAAAUUCUUUUAACACAGGCAA